UUUGACUGGUGGAGUCAGGGAUUUUGUUUGGAGUUGCAUCUAGUAGGUCGCUAAACUACCUACAUACCCUGUGAAGGGAUCAAACCAUUGUAGUUCAUAGGAUUUGUUGCUUUCUUGGUUUUGUACCAAAGGCAAUUUCAUUUUGGAUUUUGAAGCAUUGUUGUACGAAACUGAUGUCUAAGUAUUUUUUAUUCGGGCACCCGUUGUGUUCAGCCUCGCCGAACUCUUUGAAUGGGCCAAAAAUGUGAUGUGGAUUCUUCUUAUGAGUUAUGUUCCUAGAUUUGAUGUGGGCACCCGCAAUGUGCCGAGUGAACUCCGGGUCACGUUUUGUGGUUUUCGUCUAGAGCCUUGCAGUACCCAUCAAGCAUUUUUCUUUCGGAUAUCGAAUUUACUAAGGACACCCAUUAAAAGCUUAUCGGGACCCAAAUUUGAUAUAGGCACCCACCUGCUAGUCUUUUUCUCCAUUCCACCCUUCACUUCUUUAUUCUUCUUUGUCUUCUCUUCCACUGUCUUAUCCAAAAUUCGAUCAAAACACGAACUCCUGCCAGAACAGAUUUGUAUAAGAACUGAAUUGAAAACGGAUUUGGAGAUGGGUAGAAACUUCUUUAAAGCAAUUGGGAGACGGGACCGCCCUUUUGUUCUUGGUCGAAGAAGAUUCGAGAGCUUGGAUCCUGCAAUUGAUGUCUCUACGCACAAAUUGGUGACUCUGAGCUUCCAGAAGAUAUCGCCCCCUGGUGUUGAGAUUUGGUCGAGACCUCAAUUCGAAGGAGAAAAAUUAACUUCCUUAUUGCUUAUUUGCAUAUGUCAUAAGGAGGACACAGAGAUUAUUGCUGACAUUGAGAUUACCGGUGAGUGAAAUGGGAACAAGGAAUCUAAGAAAAGCUGUUUGGUUGCGGUGGUGUGCAGGUACGCCAAGGGCCUUGGAAAAGCUCCAGUAGUAAUCAAUGGCUCAUGAACAGGGCAUGGCACAUCCGAAUGGAGAGCUGUGUGCUUCGUCAGCAGCAGUAGUAACUUGCACCAGAAACAAUUGUGUUUGUAAUCAAUUGCUUCGUCUUCUUUUCCCCGUCAUCAGCUUGUAUUCAUUUGACAGAGCCUAUGUAUAUGGUGCGAGUGCGGGUGUGUGUGCAGGCAAGAGCUUUAAUGGAGCUUGUUUUCGUAAAAGCUCCGUUGACACUCUAUUUGCUGCUGCAAAGCCCUUUUUGGUACUCAACAAGGCUUAAAAAAUUCCACCGGAUUGUUCAUACACCCGUUGAUACACAUGUAUCGUAAACGAGUAAAAGAGAUGCUGCACAGAAAAAAGAAAGUAGCACUGGUGGAUAAGAGAGGCCCCAACCUUUGUGUUGUCUGCUUGUUGGCUCCUUGCUUCAAUCAAAAUUGCUGAACACUUCUUCUCUCCUCUGCAGCAAGGCUUCGCCUCUUUCUUAAUGUAUUUCCUGUGUCCUUCGUUGUAGAAACUGUGCCUUUUUAUAGGCAACAAUGGAUCAACUUGAGAUAGGAUAGUUAUCAAUUCAAAUUCAAAUUGCAGUUAUAAUCACAUUUGUCACUUUGAAUUGAAAUGAAUAUAACCAAAUCUUUCAUG